GAAUGGAUUGAGAUGCCGCUGUGUGAGUCUGAGCAACUCUACAGCCAGCCCAAGAAGAAGAAGAAGAAGAAAAAGAAGAGGAAGAAGAAGUAGAAGUCAGUGGAAAUACGGGAAUAACCAGAGAUGGACAACAGUGACGCCUAUUUACAGCUUAACUCAUCUGGGGCACUUAACUCCUCUCUCCCACAGCCUCCACAAAUGAGCUCCAUGAUGGGUCACCCGUCCGUCAUCAGCACCUCACGUCCCCUUCCUUCAGCAAUGGGCUACUCGGUCAUCACGUCCUCUAUGAGCUCGCCCUCUGUCUCACUACCCUCCACGCCUGCCAUGGGCUUUGGCGCCCUCAAUAGUUCACAGACUGACCAUCUCUUCAGUGACAGUUCAAUUAAGAUGAACUCUCUGAGCAGUGUGAGCAGCUCAGAGGAUGUGAAGCCUCCUCCUGGUCUGCUGUCACUGUCCACCGUCAACAGCUAUCAGUGCACCAGUCCCGGUUCCAUGUCCAAACAUAUCUGUGCCAUCUGUGGUGAUCGCUCCUCAGGAAAACACUAUGGUGUGUACAGCUGUGAGGGGUGCAAAGGUUUCUUCAAGAGGACCAUCCGGAAAGACCUGACCUACACAUGUCGAGACAAUAAGGAGUGUCUGAUUGAUAAACGCCAGCGCAACCGCUGCCAAUACUGUCGCUACCAGAAGUGUCUGGCCAUGGGUAUGAAGAGGGAAGGUGUGUGCGCGUGUACUUCAAAUAAAACGGUUCAGGAAGAGAGGCAGCGUGGGAAGGAGAAGUGUGAUAAUGAGGUGGAGUCGACCAAUAGUUUUAAUGAAGACAUGCCUGUCGAGAAGAUUCUGGAUGCUGAACUCGCAGUGGAACCCAAGACUGAAACACAUACGGAUGACAGUCCAGGAAACUCUACAAAUGACCCAGUCACUAACAUCUGCCAGGCAGCAGACAAACAGCUCUUCACACUGGUUGAAUGGGCUAAAAGGAUACCACAGUUCUCAGACCUUCCUCUGGAUGAUCAGGUCAUUCUGCUUCGGGCAGGCUGGAACGAGCUGCUCAUCGCCUCCUUCUCGCACCGCUCUGUCACAGUGAAAGAUGGUAUCCUGCUGGCCACAGGUCUCCAUGUGCACCGGAGCAGUGCACACAGUGCUGGAGUGGGCUCUAUUUUUGACAGAGUGUUGACUGAGCUGGUGUCUAAGAUGAAGGACAUGCAGAUGGAUAAAACAGAGCUAGGCUGCCUCAGAGCCAUCGUUCUGUUUAACCCUGAUGCUAAAGGCCUGUCUAACCCAGCUGAGGUGGAGAUGCUGAGAGAAAAAGUAUAUGCCUCGCUGGAGUCCUACACCAAGCAAAAAUACCCCAACCAGCCGGGCAGGUUUGCUAAGCUCUUACUGCGUCUCCCUGCUCUACGUUCCAUUGGACUGAAGUGUCUUGAGCAUCUCUUCUUCUUCAAGCUGAUUGGAGAUACACCCAUAGACACCUUCCUCAUGGAGAUGCUUGAAGCACCCCAUCAGAUAACAUGACAUUUCUUUUUCUUUUUGUAAAUACAUCCAUGUAAUAACUGUUAAUUAAUGAAUAUGACUGAGGGUGAAAGCUAUGUUUUGUACCAAACACAGACCAUACCGUAUGUCAUGUGAGGUGUGUAUGAUGGAAACAGUGUGAGAAGAAGCUCAAUAACACUGUCAAAAUGAAUUUGAAUAGAUUUGUAAAAAAAACUUUUUUGAAAAGAGCUUUCUCUUGUAAAUAGAUCAUUUUCACACAUCCAGUGGAACAGUAAAACAGUGCAACAAAGAACAUUUAUUUUGUUGAAACAGAACAAACUUGUAUUAAAAAAGCUACAGAAUUUAUUAAAAAACGCAGUCCUGUUUGAAUAAAAUAUUUAAAUUUA